UCCCAUGCUUAUUUUCAGGGGAAAGGAGAUUUUUCCAUUUCUUCAACUGCAUUACAUCACACCUUCACAAAAUCCGCCCAAAUUCAAAAACCUAGAAAAAUCCUCACUCAAUGGAGAGUGGCAGCGGCGCCGCGGUCGUCGGCGAAAGCCGCAGAGAGUUGUUGGGCGCCGAUAUGAUCGAUGGCGUCCGCCAGCCUUCGUGGAGGCUCAACUUGGACGAGUUCCGCCUGCCGGAGCGCGAGUCCGACAACCGCCGCUCCACUUUCAACAUCCCGCGCCUCCUCCGGAAUAAAAAGAAACAACGAAAAAUUGCUGAGUAUUACAAAAACCAGGAGAGACUCCUCGAAGGGUUCAAUGAAAUGGAGACAAUCCAUGAAUCCGGUGCUUUAGCAGAUGCUCUUACUGAGGAUCAACUGAAACAACUUGCGAAGAGUGAGAGGCUAGCUGUUCACAUAUCUAAUGCUGCCAAUCUGGUCCUUUUUAUUGCAAAAGUGUAUGCUUCACUUGAGAGCAGAUCUUUAGCUGUCAUUGCAUCAACUAUGGACUCUUUCCUUGACCUAUUAUCUGGGCUGAUCUUGUGGUUUACGGCCUAUGCUAUGAAAAAUCCGAACCAGUAUCAUUAUCCAAUUGGAAAAAAAAGGAUGCAGCCAGUGGGCAUCAUUGUUUUUGCUUCUGUUAUGGCAACACUGGGAUUACAAAUUAUACUUGAGUCUGUUCGGCAACUGAUAGCUAAGACUGGACCUGAGAUGAACCAUAACCAAGAGAUGUGGAUGAUAGGGAUCAUGGUAUCUGUAACUGUAGUGAAGUUUGUGCUUAUGGUUUAUUGCCGCCGAUUCAAGAAUGAAAUUGUCAGAGCCUAUGCUCAAGAUCAUUUCUUUGAUGUCAUCACCAACUCUGUCGGAUUAGCCACUGCUGUUUUGGCUGUCCGUUUCUACUGGUGGAUAGAUCCUACUGGAGCCAUGAUCAUUGCAAUUUACACAAUCAACACAUGGAGUAGGACUGUUUUCGAAAACGUGAGGUCGCUAAUUGGAAGAACAGCACCUCCAGAUUUCCUUACAAAACUGACUUAUCUAAUAUGGAAUCAUCAUGAGGAAAUUCAGCACAUUGACACAGUUAGGGCAUACACAUUUGGUACUCAUUAUUUCGUGGAGGUUGACAUUGUGUUGCCGCAAAACAUGAUGUUGGGCGACGCACAUAACAUCGGCGAAACGCUACAAGAAAAGCUGGAGCAACUGACCGAGGUGGAGAGAGCAUUUGUGCACAUUGACUUUGAGUUCACUCACAGACCGGAGCACAAGAGCAAAGUCUGAGCAGCAUUCUUUGUCAACAGCAGCUAAUAAUUUUAAAUCCUCUGGCUUCUUAUAAUCAAUUAGGAAGGACUGUUAGUUUUUGCAAUUAUUCUUUUAGGCUCUAGCUUAAGGAGUUCUUGUUCUUCCUAUAAACUGAUCUGUAUUUGCAGACUUGUGCAUUAUUUCAUGGGUGGCUUUAUAAAAUGCCUUUUACAUUUU